AUGGCGCUGCUCCGAAGACCAAUUCCUGUGGCACGGGGCACGCUGGGGACGCGUUUGGCAUCCACAGCUACAAGGGUUGGUGUCGUGGGCUGUGGGCAGACCUGGGCUCAGAUGGGCACCGGAAUCGCGAUAGUUGCCGCGGCGCACGCAGGAGCGGAGGUUGUUGGCAUGGACGCCUUUCCCGCCAGUCUCGAGCGCAGCAAAGCCUUCGUACAUGACUGGGCGGAGAAGGAGGUCAAAAAAGGACGAAUGUCAGAUUCCGAGGCAGAGAGCUUCCACAAGCGCUUCAGCUUCGUCGACCUUGCGGAUGCCUCGAAGAUGUCAGAGGCGGUCCCCAGGAUGGACUUCCUUAUCGAGGCCGUCAGCGAAGACUUCGAGACCAAGCAGUCUUGCUUCAGCGUUUUGCAGGCAGCUGGGCUUCAGGAGCGAAGCGUGCUGGCAAGCAACACAUCCUCCAUUUCAAUCACCAAGCUCGCGGCAAAGGUUACCAGGCCUGAGAGGGUCAUCGCUGCAAGUCUAAGGAACCCCGUCCCGGUGAUGCCCUUGGUCGAGGUGAUUCGAGGCUUAAGGACAGACGAUGAAACGCUGGACACCACGCUGCAGCUCUGCCGAGCAAUGAAGAAGGAGCACUCGACAAGCGCAGAUCGGCCAGGUUUCAUAGCCAACCGCAUUCUGAUGCCGUACAUCAACGAGGCGGUCUUUGCUCUGCAAGAAAGCAUUGGAACUGCCGAG